GAUUCAGCCGCAAAUUUCGUGUGCUGUUGGCAUCUGCCUUCAUCGUUAGGCUGGAAUCCCUCUCGAACUAUUCACGAGCUAUCCCGCAGUAGGCAGACGGGCGUAGUGACGAACGUAGUUAUUUCAAUUGCAACUACGCGUAUAGACUUUCCAAUAUAUAGCCUCCUCGGACUCGCUUAGGCCAAGAUGUUGGAUCGAACCAGGGUCCAACGAGAGCUCGUCGAGAUUAAAAGGGAUCCUGAGUCAGGGGUGACUGUAGACGUUCCAGGAGAUGAUCUCGCUCGAAUGAGCGGGACUAUAACGGGGCCUGUCGGAACGCCGUAUGAAGGCGGAACGUUUCUGGUGGAUAUAGUACUUACAGAUUCGUAUCCGUUCAAGCCUCCGAAGAUGACCUUCAUUACCAAGGUCUGGCACCCUAACGUCAGCAGCCAAAACGGUGCGAUAUGCUUGGAUAUCCUGAAAGACCAAUGGACCCCUGCUUUGACUCUCAAAACGGCUCUAUUGUCACUCCAAGCCCUAUUAUCAUCGCCCGAACCUGACGACCCUCAAGACGCAAUCGUCGCCCAACAGUAUUUGAAGGAUUAUCAGACGUUUGUCAACACUGCCCAGUACUGGACAGAGGCGUUUGCCAAGAGACCAUCCUUGGCACUUGAUGAAAAGGUGAAGAAGCUGGUGGAGAUGGGCUUUUCAGAGACAUCUGCAAGAUCGGCUUUGGAGAAGUGUGGAGGAGAUGAGAAUGCAGCGCUGGAGAAGCUAUGCAGCUAACUGGAUUGUGAAUAUGCAAUUAUAUUCUCCUAAGGUCUCAUGGUUCCAAUUGAGACCAGUAUCACCUUUAAUACAUCACCCUACACUAGAAACCAUCUAGGCCUUAGAGUAGCACCAUUGAAGUGGAAUAAACUUCUGUAUGGUGUUCAGUAAUCGUUUUACCGCAC